AUGGGAUCCUUCCAAGAACAAUUUGAGGCUGGUGGGUGUCAUGUGAUUCGUGCGGUUCGAUGGAGUGAUUCCCAAGGGAUUAAUGAAGAGAUUGCAGAAAUUGCACGCGCAACUCGGGCGUUGCACGCCGCACCCUAUGCGAUUAUUUCUUUGUGGGGAUUAAUUGCUCUUGAAUUUGGUCAGGUGGGACGACAAAUGGCCUCAGAACUCGUCUCACAAAUGAGCGCCAUAUCCUUGCCACAAGAGUGUUCGAUCGAUUUUGGGUGGCGCAUGGAAGUGGCA